GGUGGUUAAAACGGGGAAGUACAAAAUUAAUUGUGAAACUGAGUGAAAUUAUUACCUUGUGUUGACAGUACAGUGACUUUAAGAACAUUUAUGCCAGGAAUACAGAAAUAUAGCACUAUUAAUCAUGAUUAUUUUGAAUGUAUAAUCCCAGAUACUUAAUGUACAGAUCUGAAAUAUUGAAACAAGUCGCACGCGUUGUAAGACGAGUAUAAAGUGCUGUUUGAUGUAACAUUCAUUUAGCAACGAUUGAUAUAUUAGGUACAAUCACUGCUCGAUUAAAAUACAGAUCAUUUUCGGAUUGCGUAUUGAAAUCAAGAUAAAGAUCGUUAUAUCCUAGUGGCAUCUGUGAAGAAAACAAUGAGUAUAUUACUUGGUAAAACAGCUAAGAACGGGAUGGGAGAUGAGGUUCUGUUGACUAACAAAACCAAAUCUGGCGAAGAAGAGACGCGAGCGUUCUUAAACUUCACUUCCUCACGAGAUGACAUUGACAGCAGAUCUUCUGCGAACUCUGCAGAGCAAGGCGUCUGUCGAAGAGGAUUGUUCUGUGGGCGCAACUCCUGGAACUGUUUGACGGCGUGCCUCCUAGCAUCCAUGGCCCUGCUCGGCGUUUCCGUCCUGGUGCUAGAAUUGUACCGUGGUAGCGAAGUAGUGGCGCUAUGCUCCCAACUCGACGCACUGCGUCGAGAGGUCGAAGGCCUCAAGCAACAUGUUCUUGAGGACGACCUUCUCGAGCAACUGAAAGCCUUCGAGGACGAGGUUUAUGCCGAGGAAGCUAUAUCAGAAGACGACGACAACGAUGAUGAUGAUGAUGACUACGACAUAGACUACUCCUUGGAGGAUAAGACACCUACCAGACUGACACAUAGCAAGAAGAAACACUUGGACAUCAGCGAGGUUAACCACAAGCACAACCACGAGAAGCAACAGCAAACCGCGGACCUUACGCCCGGACCAACUGGACGAUCAAAGAGGGAGAUUCAGUCUUCAGGCUUGCCUGUCAUUUCGGAGAGUUAUGGUGCAGAUUUCAAACACAACAGCAGCGAGGGGUUGAGACUCUAUGAGUCCCUCAUAUCCAGUGGUGGCAAGAAUGAACCAAAGGACACUUCCCUAGACUGGGGCAGUACUGAGAAUCCCAUAAAAAAUUACCACAGAGUAAGUCCACUGUGGACAUCCAAGUCACAACAUAAGAAAUUUGUGGGGAACCCACAACACAGCGAUGCACCGGUGCACAGACGACAUCGGGAUCGGUCACAGCAGAGCACUACGGGCGCGCCAUCGCCCAUCAUCUCACGAGUAUCACGGGUCAUGCAAACAGAUUCCAGUGACUCGCUGUUGCACCAGCCGCCACCAGCAGCACCACAACCACAGAGACUUCAACAUCAACACAAACUACCCAACGAGGAGGUGGUGGUAAGAGUGUACCAGGAACAGCGAGCUUCGGAAGGAGCCAGAGUGUCGGGGCCAGGUGACACAGUUACUGCAGCGGGACACACUGGAAAGCCUCGCCUGCGUCGCAAGAAACACAGGCUGCAGAAUAAGAACCUGGCACAACUCGAAGGACUUGACGAUCAUCCGGUGAGAUCUGCCAGGCUCAUAGCCGCGGCACACUAUGAUGGUGACACCUCAAAUUAUGAGCUGGGACACACUCAUUACGAGGGUAAUGGGCGACUGAGACACCCAGAUGGAAAGUUUACCGACUGGACAGCGACCGACUGGAUGCAGCAGCUAGGCAUGAACAGGUUCUUCCAGCUACAAGAAGGAACUGUCACUGUGAGAGACAGUGGAAUCUACUACAUAUAUGCUCAAAUAUACUACGUGGACGAGCACGAUGUGAAUGGUUUCCGUGUGUACAAGAACGACAGACCAGUCCUGCACUGCACUACUAUGACAGUUCACUCAUCUGCCGAACACAGACGGGCAAAAUCGAACACGUGCCACACGAGUGCAGCUGUGUACCUAGCUCCAGGUGACAAGAUCUCGGUACGGGACGUGGAUGGAAUGCGCUACUCACUCUUCGAGCCAGCAAAGAGUUUCUUUGGGCUGAUCAAAUUCGGUGACGCCAGGAUCAAGUAGAAAUAUAUAACCGUGUCCAAAGCACAAACUGUACAAUUCCAGCACCGAAUCACUCUAGAUAUUUAGAACUCGCGUCAGAGUUCAGGAAACACAAUUAUUGACUUUCUAGAGAAACUUUCAAACAUGGGGUCUACAACAAUUAAAGCGCGUGGAAAAUUUAUACGUCACGAUACCAAAAGCCACUUCUUUAAUGCAAAGGCCAAGGAGGAUCAAAUCUGAUAAUCCCAAAUUUCUUUCAAUUUUAAGAACAUACAAAACUCUUGGAAAUAAUAAAUAAGUCAUGUUAUAUGAUCAGUUAUAAUGUUUGUUACUUUGGUAAAGUGACUGAUAUGAACAAAAAUGGCUGGCACGUAGAAAAAGAACAGAGAUUUUCAAUGGCGUCUGCUUCAGGCUUGAAGUAACUUAAUACUUCACGUAACAAUUUUUGAAGCUAAAUGGCUUGCGACAGUAUGUGACGGCAGAUAAAUAGAAACAUCCAGAACACGGCUGCCAUCAUUCAUGCUGGUCACUUUAGUACCACAGUCUCAAUAUAAUUUAUAUGAAAUAUGCGAAAGACUUGUUAUCUAUUCUAAACAGACACAGAUGCACACAUAUCGAUGCUCUAUGACAUCUUGAAAAGUUUACUUAGUUGGGCAAGUGAAAAGGAAUUUCCACUCUCUCUUGAUAUAUUUUUAAUGCUACUUACGCAACUUAACGUCGGACCAUUAAUAUCAGUGAGCUGUUCCCCUACUAAUAUUUGUUCAAGACAAUUUGAUCUCAGGUGUAAACUUGUGAGAUUUACACAAAAAUAUGCUUAGCUGUGUAAGUAAUGUGGAAUUUUAUGAUAAAACUAAUAAUAAAUGCUUCUUAUAAAGCACCUAAUAAAAAUAUAUCUGAAGUCCA